AUGUCUUACGAGCCGGUGCCAACCGAGGACGGAGAUGCGAAAUCACAAACGCAACAGGACAACAAGCCGGACAGCGUGGGCGCAGGUCUGGCUAGAGUGCAGCAAUUCUUCAGCUUCACCAGAUACUUCAUCGCCGCCACGGCGCUGCUGGCCAUCAUCCUGACCGUGUUCUACUUACCACGGGACGCGCGCACUCGAGCCAACGACGACAGUCAUCUCGAGCUCGCGCCGGAAUCGUGUGGGAGCUCGGCGACCGAAGCGGUCUCGCGCGGGUGCGUGUUCGACGUCAUGGAAUUCGCGUGGGUGCCCUCACGCUGCUUCGAUGGGGAGUUGCUGGAGGAUUUCCUCGCCCUGCGCGACUGGGAAUGGUAUCUCGACGCGGCUGCGACCGAGGCGGCAGACAAGGACGCCGUCGCUCAGGGCCGCCACGACGAGGUCUUCGUCACACAGCAGUAUCACAUCUACCACUGCACCUACAUGUGGCGGAAGAUGCACCGGGCCUUUCUCGCCGGCGACGUGUUGGACGGUUACAUCGCCGACACGCACCACACGGCGCACUGCGAGUUGCAGCUGGCAAACUAUUGGCGGUCUGGCAUCAACGACACCGGCACGUCCAUUUACGUCAAGUACUCGGAUUGUCCUGCAUCGCGACAGGCGCAGGACUUGGGCCGGUUCGGAUGGUACCGCAUGAUCGGCGGGCAGCGAGUUCAUCGCAAUCCCUGA